AUGAGUCCCAGGACAGCCGCUGCAAUCGCAGCCAGGACUCGCCGCACGCCUCAUGGCAAAGGCCGCUUUGAUCCAUCAGAGCCGCUACACAUGACAACUCGACAUGCCGCUCGCAACGGCAAAACCAAUGGCACGCCUUCGCCGAACGGAUCCGUGGAUGACGACGACAGUUUUCGUGGUUCUUUCGACGAGAUAAAUGUCAUGUCUUCUCAGAGCCUUGGCAGUCCGAACUCCACCAAAGGCAGGCGUAUGUCGCUCACUUCAGCCAACGGCGCUUCUGCUGCGAAUUCAUCUUUCGAGUCGAAGUCAUUUAUCGACCAGAUUCGCGAAUACAACCAACAGAAGCCACUGUCGCCGGUGCUUCAAUCCCCCUCGCCAUCUCGCAAACGCAAGAGAUCAACACCAACCCCGCCGGAAAGCCUCAAUGGCGUCGACAACUCGCUAGCUAACAGCGUCGCCGAGAUGAUGGAGCAAGAUCCUCGAGACUUUGUCGAAGUUGUUCAUCCCGAUGAUUUGUCCGACCGUGAAGAAUCUGACGGCUCCGUGGAGUCCGAAGAACAAUUCGCUGGAGACUUCUUGGGUGCCACACAGUCGACCGAAAAUACUCCAGCGGCGACACCUCUUGGAUCACAAGCUGUAUCUCCUGUUUCAGAAGAGUCGAAUCCAGAUGCUUACUUCCUGACAAAACUUGUCAGUGUCGCCAAAGCCGAGGUAAUGAAGCCUGUUGAACCGGACGAUGUCGACGAUGUGGAAGUUGAAGAUGCCGAAGAAUUGGUCGAAGCCGAUGAGGUAGAUGAUGUCGAGGGCGCCGACGACGGGGAUGAUCAAGUGAGGGAAGUUAUCGAUGGUCAACCCAGAAGACGACUCGCCGGACGGCGCCGAGCUGAGCAUCACGACCCGAAGGUCGAGGCAACGAUGCGGAGGCAGCUUCAACUGAAAUCUACUUUUCGUGCUAUUGCUCGUGCACUGAAGCCGGUACUCGCAGAAAUCGCACAGAAGACGGUCGAGAACCUGGAGGAAGAACCUCAUCUUCAUGAGCAGGUGGUAGAGUAUCGAGGCACUGAAGAGGAGGAAGGCAUCCAGCAGCUACUCGACGAUGCCCUGGCACGCAGAAAAGCUCAACUGGAGGCCCAGUUCCGAUGGAACAAGCUGAACCUACAGAAGACGUUACAGGGCGAGGACAAAGUACGGCGAUCGCGUUGUGAGCUCCAGAUUGCAGACCUUCGUGAUCUGCAGUUUGACCGGUUAGAGCACGACCUGUUGACUGUCGCUCGGAAUGCCCAAAAGACUAGUGGUGAUAUUGGGCACGAAACCGACGACGAAAGCGACGAUGUUGUUCUGCGACCUCAUGCAACCGACUAUCGAUACAAGAGAACAGGAACCUUGGAUUCGAAAUACGAUUCUAGAAGUCGACUUACUUUGGAAAGCGAAAGGGCCAUCGCCGAUCUGCAAACUCGUUUUGACAUGUUCAAGAUGCUGAAGGCAGUUCGUCCAGAGGAUAAACCUGGCGGCAUGCGAUUCUUCGCCACAAUGGACAAUACAGCCCGUGAGGCUGCAGAAGCUCGGCGAGAGUCCGUCAUGAACAUGAAGAUGCUGGCCGAAGCAGCUGCUGAGAAAGAGCGGAUCGAUCAAACACCAGUCAUGCCUGUGGUUCCCAACGAACAAGCCAUUGGCUUGCAAGUUCUAGGUGAUGUGGCAGGGCAAUUUGGCAAAGCUGCUGGCCCCCCAGCGACACCACCACCGCCCCCAAGGAUGACGCCGCCUCCUACUCAAAUGCCACCACCGCCACAAUCAAAUCGGCUCCCAGUGUCAUUCGAAGGCUUGGCUCACGAUAUGUCACCCCGAGCCACUACAUUCUCGGACCGUCCAGGACCACCACCAGCAUCGCCGCUGCACCCAUCGCCGGCCAGAGAGCGAGCUCCUUCGCAGUCACCUCGUAAAGAGCCUAUGAUAUUGUCACCAAUGUUCCAAGCAGACCGUGGGAAGACGCUUCCGCCGUUCAAUAUGCAGCCGCGUGACGCGGAACACGAACUACGACAUGAAUCGCUGCCGCCACCACCUCCUCCUGUCCAUCAAACGAGGGAUGUCUUCGGCAGAGAUAGGAGUCAUCGAGACAUUUUUGGAAGAGAGAUCAUGAACCCAGAAGGAGGAGAGUUGCCUCACCUGGGUGCUCAACUCAAAGACGAGCCUACCUGGAACCAGUAUCACGGGUCUUUGAACGUCGACCGCUCGCCAAAGCCACCAUCACAACCAGAUCGCUCGAUACACGAAUUCUCACAGGGCGGCCCUUUGCGUAUUGAGAGGGUUGAGACGACGGAACCGGAGCGGCAGCACCUUCGACAUCUAAGCAACGACCGACCCUUUAUGGUUGAGCCAGCAUUGAGCGGGCCCUUUCAUACCAAACAACGAAGUCUUGACCGUCCUGCCGACUUGGCAUCCAUGAGGCCGCGGCAGCAAGAGACACGAGGUGCUCCGAGCUACACAUCUCCGCGAAUGGCCCCGAUGCUUGGCAGAGCACCCUUUCAAGAGACGCGAGGUCCGGUCCAUCAAGGGUCGUUCUUGCUCGACCCUGCUUUGGGUGGACCACCUCCUCAUGAGGGACGUGAGCCAACGCGUCGCCCAUCUCCGCCUCUCGAAACAGCGCUUAACCAACCACGUUUUGUCGACGAGAGAAUCCCAUCAUACUAUGAGCCUUCCAUGAUUGAUCCUGCGCUCAGUAGACCGCCCAUCCGUGAAGAAUCAGGGUCACGUCAUCUGGAAUCCUUGCUGAUCGACCCAGCGCUCAGGAGAGCGCCUCAACCACUGUUGCGAGGCACCAUCAACCAGGACUCUUCCAUGAUUGAUCCGGCAUUGACCAGACCACUCCUGCAAGAAGAGUAUCGUCCGCUCAGCCAUGCGUCUCCACCGCUUCAGCCAGCCCAAGCAAAGGCUCCGCAUCCUUGGGAAGCGCCGAGCAGCCCAGGCGCAGCAGACUCUCGAGAGAGAAGUGAACCAUCCCCGUUGCUCGCUCCGAGAGACAUGGUCGUGGACGAACUUUCGAGAAAGCCGCGAUCGCGAGCCUCGUCGACCAUGAGUCAGUCCACAACUACCGAAGCUAGUCCCGACGUCAGCGUCGCGGGCGAGCCGACAAAGCGGCGCUCUUCAGGAAAGCCAGUGUACAGCAUGAAGGCCAGUAAAGGCGAUCGCAAAGGCAAUACGAGGAGGAUAUGGAAGGAGCACCAUCCAAGUUCUAGCCGUAAGAGUCAGAACAGUAAGCCUGAGAUCCAUCGCUUUCGUCUGAACUCGGUGGAAAGCACACCGACCGCGCCUUGGUCGAAUCCUUCCAACAAAACGACGACACGGACGCCCAGCGAUCCAUUCACGACACAGCCGUCUUAUGGAGGACCACCGAAUAUAGCUCAUGCUCAGUCGGGACAUCCUCUACCACCACCACCACCGGGGACCUAUUCAUAUGCUCACCCCUACGAUCACGCCCCUUCGAUGCAACAUCGCAACAGCUUUCCACAGCCUGAAUCGCCGUGGCUUCCAUCACAACAGCCUCCGCAAAGUCCUUUACAUGCUGUACCUCCCAGCACGCAGCCACCACCUGCGCCACCGGCUCAAUCUCAACCACAACCUCAACCUGGAGGUGGACCGCCGCCUGAUCAAUGGCCGUCACCAAGCGUCUUUGCACCGACUCUCUUCCGUCCGUCGCAGCAGACGCCUCGCAACAACUCGCAGCCGGCUCAGCCACCUCCACUCGCGCCUGCAACACCAGAUGUACAUCGUACUUUGGCGUCGGGAGGACCAACAACGAACCACUUGCCAGCAUUUGCUCAGCAACAACGCAAUCAGGAGGCGAAUCCGAGACGGCGCGCGCAUAGUGAGAUUCAAGGGCACAGCUUCAAGCACUGGGCACCGCGAAAUGUUAAGUGA